AUAAAUUAAAAGAUACAAGGCUUAGUUAGUGGCCAGAGGCUUCUCAUAGGCCCAUGGCAUUGACUAUAUAUAAACCUUUGGUCCUAUUGUCAAGCUAAAUACCAUUAGAGUCCUUCUCUUCUUGGCUGCCAAUUACUAUUUGCCACUUCAGCAAUUUGAUGUGAAGAAUGGAUUUCUGAAUAGGGAUCCCACUGAAGAGGUCUAUGUAACAAUGCCUUCUGGUUUCAACAAACGAGAUCAGAGAGAGCAUGUGGACUGAAACAGUCUUUACAAAAGUUGACGCAAUCUCCCUAGGCGUGGUUUUAAAAAUUCACACCAGUCCUUAAAACGGAAGGCUAUAAGCGAGCACCUCAAACCACACCACGUUCUAUAAACAUAGAGGAGGCAGGAAAACUAUUAUAAUAGUAUAUGUAAGUCGACUGGGGAUGAUGCAGAAGAGAUGGAUCACCUAAAAGGGGAAUGGCAAAAGAGUUUGAAGUCAAAGACCUAAGACAAGUUAUAUAUUUCCUUAGAAGAGUAAUGAAUGGGUCUUAAAGCUAGGGUGUAAGCCAAGUAGUGCACCUAUAAAAAAGCUAGAGGAGAUCAAAAGAUGUUGGCGAAGAAGUUGACAAGGAGAAACAUUAGAGAUUAGCUGGUAAAUUAAUAUCUUUAUCCUAUAUAUAGCUUUUGUGGUUAGUCUUUUAGUUGACAUAUGCUCCAACCUAAGGAAGCUCACUUUGAAGCAGUCUACAGUAUCCUAGGAUAGCUGAAAGAAUCACUUGGGUAAAGAUUGCUAUUUGAAAAAGAAAACCAAAUAGAUGCUAAGUAGGCUUGGUCAAAAGAAGUUAGGAGAUCUUCUUCAUAGGAGGAAAUCUUGUCACAUACAGAAGUAGAAAAUGUGGUGGGUAGAAACAUUUCAGAAGCUGAAUUUUUUAGAGCCAUGGCACUGAGUAUAUGUGAAGGAUUUUCGUUGCAGCAGUUAUUAAAGGAACUGCAGUUAGACUUAGAUGUACCAAUAAAAGUCUAAUGUGAUAACAAUGCUACUAUGACCAUAUCUUUGAAUCCUGCUGAACAUGACAGGACAAAGCAUGUUGAAGUUGAUAGACACUUCAGCAGGAAAGUUGAAGAGGAUGUUAUCUAUAAGACCUAUAUUCCUACCAAGGAACAGGCUGCUCUAAAGGGCCUCCGUGACAUACACUUGGAGGACUUGUUGAAAGCAAAUCCUCCCAGUGGCGUAGGAGCCAGCCUUGCGCUAGAGACAAUAAUUCAGAACUGUCCGAUAGAUUUUAAGCCCAUUAAAAAUGAAGCCAGCACCAAUAUUCUUGUUUGUUCAAGAGGAGGUGGUGGUCUGCUAAUAGAGCGCAUGGAGCUAGUGGCUGAAUUAUGGGAGAAAGACUUUAAGGCUGAAUUUGUUCCCGUCCCUGAUCCGAGUCUCACAGAGCAGUAUGAGUACGCCAAUGAACAUGAUAUCAAAUGUCUUGCUAUCAUCACUGAUCAGACCGAUUCUGUAAAGGUUCGCCACCUUGAACUCAAGAAGGAGAAGCAAGUUGAGAGAGAAAAUCUAGUCAAGUUUCUAUCAAAUGCUAUGACAACACAAUUUCGAAACCCCUUUAUUUGGAGCUGACUUUCGUAGAAGACCAACUUUUUGGCCUGACGCAGCUUGCCUCCGUCAACGUAUGCUGGAUAUAUUCUUGAUUCAUAUACUAGAUUAUAGUAAUACUAGUUUAUAGUACAAAUUGUACUACAAAUUAUCUUAUAUUUAGAAGUGGAGGUGGUAUUUCAUUUAGUAGGUGAAAGUUAGAAUGAUUUGAAGAAAGGGGAAUCUUGGACUUGUUUAGGAUGAUUCUUUCGGCUGCUACAGUGUAAAUAUGUAAAAUAUAAUUAAUUCUUUUUUUAUAUGAUCCACGUUAAAAGGGUUUUUUGCCCCUUUAGUUACGAUA